GUCACCUCGCUCACCUCCGCGCGGCUCGCUCAGCUCGUCGAGGGCGGCACUCCGACGCUGGUAGAGUUCUACGCCGAGUGGUGCGGGCACUGCCAGCAGUACGCCAAGACCUACGAGAAGGUCGCGGCCGCGCUACGCUCCGACGUGCCCGGGCUGCUCGUCGCCGCGAUCAACUGCCCGUCGCACGAGAAGGACUGCUCCAGCCACGGCGUCCGCUCCUACCCGACCAUCAAGCUGUUU